CAAACUGUGGUAUUUUAUCUCUUGGAUAGCUCCAGUUGGCUCUGCUAUAAAACCACAGCCCCCUGACGGAAAGUCUGCUCAGUCCUUCAGGUCAGAAGACCCCACAGUCCACCAGCAUGAAGCCUCUCCUCCUUGUGGCGCUACUCGGAUGUCUCGCCGCCGUGUCUGCGGCCCCGGCUGGGAAAGUAAGAUGGUGUGUAAAGUCGGACCUAGAAUUACGGAAGUGCAUGGAUCUUGCAGCUGCAGCUCCUGCUUUCGCCUGCUUGAAAAAGGCAAACACCCUUGAGUGCAUUAUUGCAAUCAAGGGUGGUGAAGCAGAUGCAAUCACAGUAGAUGGAGGUGAUGUUUACACAGCAGGAUUGAACAACUAUGAUCUCCACCCCAUCAUUGCUGAGGACUACGGCGAUGCUUCAGAAACCUGCUACUACGCUGUGGCUGUGGUGAAGAAGGGAACUGGAUUUGUCCUCAGAGAACUUGGAGGGAAGAAAUCCUGUCACACUGGUUUGGGAAAAUCUGCGGGUUGGAACAUUCCCAUUGGAACUCUGGUUUCAAUGAAUAUCAUUCAGUGGGACGGCAUUGAGGACAAACCGGUGGAGGAGGCGGUGAGCACCUUCUUUCAUGCAAGCUGUGUCCCAGGGGCAACAAGAGGCUCCAAGCUGUGCGAACUGUGCAAGGGAGACUGCUCCAGGUCCCAAAAGGAGCCUUACUAUGACUACUCUGGAGCAUUCCAGUGUCUGGCAGAGGAUGCAGGCGAAGUGGCAUUUGUGAAGCACCUUACUGUACCCGAUUCUGAGAAGUCCAAAUAUGAGCUGCUUUGCAAGGAUAAUACAAGAGCACCCAUUGAUAGCUAUAAAAACUGCCACCUGGCCAGAGUGCCUGCUCAUGCUGUUAUCACUCGCAAGGACCCAGGGCUGGCUGACUUAAUCUGGAAUAGUCUCAAUGGAGUGCAGAACUUCAACCUCUUCUCCUCGGAGGCGUAUGCCCCUGCCAAGAAUCUGAUGUUCAAGGAUUCAACACAGAGGUUGGUGAAAGUGCCCCCAAACACAGACUCCUUCCUGUAUCUGGGUGCUGAAUACAUAAGCAUCGUCCACUCCCUCAGAAAAGAGCAGACUGCAGGAACUGUAUCCUCUGCCAUCCGAUGGUGCGCUGUGGGCCAUGCUGAGACUGAAAAGUGUGACACGUGGAGUAUCAACAGCGUGACUGGCGACAGCGCCUCUAUUGAGUGCCAGAACGCCCCAAGUGUUGAGGAGUGCUUCAAGAAGAUUAUGCGCAAAGAGGCAGAUGCUAUGGCAGUGGAUGGAGGACAGGUUUACACCGCUGGAAAGUGUGGUCUGGUUCCUGCCAUGGUGGAGCAGUAUCAGCAAGAACAGUGUGGCUCUUCUCCAGCCACAGCCUCCUCUUAUUACGCUGUCGCUGUGGUAAAGAAGUCUUCGGGGGUGAACUGGGCGAACCUGAAGGGAAAGAAAUCCUGCCACACAGGCAUUGGCAGGACAGCUGGCUGGAAUAUCCCCAUGGGUCGCAUCCAUUCCCAGACUAAUGACUGCAACUUUGCUAAUUUCUUCAGCAGCGGUUGUGCCCCCGGAGCUGAACUCAACUCUCCAUUCUGCAGUGAGUGUAAAGGCAGUGGCAAAGCCGUGGGAGAUGAGGCCAAGUGCAAAGCCAGUGCCAACGAGCAGUACUACGGUUAUGCUGGAGCUUUCAGAUGUCUAGUUGAGGGUGCUGGUGAUGUUGCCUUUAUUAAACACUCAACUGUUGAAGAAAACAGUAAUGGUAACGGUCCAGAAUGGGCUCGUGGUGUGAAUUCUGCCGACUACCAGCUGAUCUGCCCUGGAAAGGAUCCGGUGCCAGUCAAUGAAUUUACUUCUUGCCACUUGGCUGUUGUCCCAGCACACGCUGUGGUAACUCGCCCUGAGAUUCGUGACAACGUGGUCCGCAUCCUCCAGGACCAGCAGACCAAGUUUGGAGUCAGUGGCAGUGAUUCCACAUUUAAAAUGUUCCAAUCCAGCAAUGGAAAGAACCUCCUCUUCAAGGACUCCACCAAAUGCCUCCAGGAAAUUCCAGCUGGCAGAUCUUAUGAGCAGUUUUUGGGACCAGAGUACAUGUCCGCCAUGUCCUCGCUCAGACAAUGCACUGACACUGCUUCAGAUCUGGAGAAAUCGUGCACUUUCCAUACCUGCCAGCAACCCUAAAAGUGUCAUGGACAGAUUUCCACCUAUGUUGGCCAUCACUGAUUCAACUACACUUCCUUCACUCACCGCCCAAAUGACAUUGCUUUGUUCAAACCUGCUGCCUGUUUUCUAUACAAAAACAGCAAAGAAAUAUUACGAGCCUCAAAUCAAUAAUCAUGUGACCACAUUGUUUUAGUUAUUGUUACUCUGCUGCGAAAAAAAUAUCACACUUCCAACCUUAUUGGAUCAACUUUGCUCUGUUCAGUGCUUGAUUUUUCCCAAAUAAAGCAUCUCAAGACUU